AAAUAUGGACGAGUUCACAAAUGUGGAAGAAGAGUAGAUUUUUAUUGAAGUUUCUUACAAGCUCAGUCAACUGAUACAGAGUGAUAUCUACUUCCAAUUUAGGUUUCACACAGGUUGUGUUCUUAAAAAAUAGUGCAGAGAAUCAUUUAGCGACACAGAAGCAGCUGAACACCAAAAACAUCUCUGGAGACAGAAGAAGAUGAAUCUGAAGCGGUCUAAACACYAAAGGGCUAAAUGAGAACUYUCAAGAGAUUCCCAAAAAUAAUGCCAGGAAAAACUCAUUAYAUUCGUUAGGGAAUCCUAAAGCAGUUGACAUAACCACAAAACCUCUGAAUGAAAUUUCAUGUCAAGUUCCUAAAGCAGAUGACGAAGAGGAAAGCCAUAAAAUGACUGGAAAUUUAUCAAAAAAUGACUUGCCGAAAGAAAGGUAUGAACGUGAAUUCUCAGCUGAGAUGGAUGCUGCCCCAGUGCCUCAAGGUGUCUCUGAGACAGAUGAGAGGAAAUAUGAACCACUGACACCAUCUGAAAAGAAUACUGGAGAACUAAACCCUGUUCUUGCAGAGGAUGUUGAUGGAAAUGCCAGAACAGAUAUAUUACCAUCGUCACCAAGUCUUGAAAAUGCUGAAAAUGGAUCAACRUACAAACUGCCUGAAGAAAAAAACAAGAAUUCCACACUUACGCUAAAUAAUACAGGAUUAAGAGAGAUUUCUCUGCUCACUUUCCRAAACCAAAACUUAAAAUAUUUUGACCUAUGCAACAAUGAAAUAAAAUCACUGCACUCAAAUAURGGUAAUCUAAUUAAUCUGGAAGUCCUAUUAGUAGAAAAAAAUCAAUUGACAUCGCUGCCACCAGAACUCUCUUUGCUUCAUAAACUAAAAAUAUUAAAUGUCAGUCACAACCAGUUGUCAAGUCUCCCUAAAGAACUAUCAAAACUUGUAAAUAUUAAGGAACUCUUCCUCAAUCACAACAACAUUGCUGAGUUUCCUUUGGCACUGGAAAGCCUUGAAACUUUAGAACUUGCUGGGAACAAGCUACAAACUUUGCCAGAUACCAUAGCUGACAUGAGAAAUUUGAACGUACUCAACGUUGAUUCCAAUCAGAUCUUAAUAUUCCCAAAGGUUGUCUGCUACCUUCCUAACCUAGUAAAACUCAGUAUAUGUGAGAAUUUGAUUCAGAGCUUGCCAAAGGACAUUAAAGAGCUCCGGAAACUCCAAGAAUUUUCAAUCAGUAGCAAUAAGCUUCUGUUUUUGCCUGUGCAGCUUUUUCAGUUGACAAAAUUAAGAGAACUCAGAGCUGAUGAUAACAAACUAGAGUUUCUUUCAGAUAAAGUUGAGAACUUGCAAGAGCUGCGAUUUCUAAACCUUGCAAAAAAUUUAUUCAAAAAUAUUACGGAGAAUCUUUGCAACUGUACCAUGUUGAAACAUCUCAUUCUCCAUGAUAAUCAGUUAACCCAGCUCCCCGCGAAUAUUUACAAACUUAAACACUUAAAGGAGUUCUCCGCAAGUAGAAACCAACUGGRCUCACUGGAUGAACAAAUAUCCUCUUUUAAAGACCUCUCCAUAAUAGACCUUUCAGGAAAUGCAUUGACAUGCAUUCCUGUUGAAUUUAAAAACUGUAUGUGGGUAACCAAAGCUGAYCUCAGCAACAACAAGCUCUCCCGGUUUCCCCAUGCAUUGUGUGCACUGUUCAGUCUUAAGUACUUAAAUCUUAGUGGAAACUUCAUUUCAGAAAUAAUACCUGGAAUUGCUUACAUUAAAAGUUUGGAGUAUCUACAUUUAAACAAAAAUAAACUGCCCUCUUUUUCUGCCUCCUUGUGCAGCCUUGCAAAACUGAUUUACUUGGAUUUAAGUGAGAAUGAAAUCAGUAGYGUGCCAGCAGUGGUGUCUGAGAUGAAGGCCCUCCAGGUGCUUCUUUUACACUGCAAUAAAUUUGACUUAUUUCCUGAAGAAUUGUGCUCCUUAAAGAGUUUACAAAUACUCAGCCUUGCAAAUAAUCAAAUAAAGAGCAUUCCUUUACAGAUUAGUAAUCUGGAAGUGAUUAAAGAACUAAAUGUAUCCAACAACCAGUUUGCAUCUUUCCCUUCUGAAAUAUGUCAUCUUUCAUCACUGGAGAAAUUGUCCAUGUGUCAGAUGAGUGGCUUGAAGUUAACACAGCUUCCAGAGGAGAUAUCUAAACUGAUUUGCCUCAGAGAGCUUGACAUAUCUCAUAAUGCAUUAAAGGAAAUUCCAGAUGGCAUAGGGGAGCUGGAAUAUUUGAUCCAUCURAUUGCAAAUAACAAUGAUAUCAGUCAGCUCCCCCAAACCAUUACUUCCCUAAGAAACCUACAGCAACUUGACCUAAGUGGAAAUUGCUUGUUAUCUUUGCCUGCUGAUCUUCACAAGCUUCCGUUGCUGACUGACGUAAACUUUGAUGGAAAUGCUCUGUUUGAACCGCUGCGAGAGGUGUGUAAAGGGAAGCAGCUAUAUCCCAUUCUGUGCUACCUGGAAAGUGCUCGUGAAAGAGAUGAGAAACUGUUGCAGGAGAUAAUGGAGGUGAUUGCUGAYAAUGUUCCUCAGGAAGAUUUUAAAUUCUUCUGCCAGAAAUUGCAACUGCGUCAUGCUGACAUCGAGUCUCUUGAGGAGAGCAGGACUGAGGAACUGCAGGAGAAAAUCAUCACAGCACUGAACAUCUGGAGAAGUGAAAACCAAGUCCUGACUUCAGCUGAAAUGGUAGAUAAGUUGAUCAGAAUCCUCAACUACCCACCCUACAUCUCGUCGAGCAUUCCCUUCCUUGGACAUGCCAUAGCGUUUGGAAAAAGCCCCAUUGAGUUUUUGGAGAAAGCUUAUGACCAGUAUGGGCCUGUGUUCAGUUUCACUAUGGUUGGCAAGACAUUUACCUACUUGCUGGGCAGCGAUGCUGCUGCUCUCCUCUUCAACAGCAAAAACGAGGAUCUGAACGCGGAGGACGUGUACUCCAGGUUAACCACCCCCGUCUUUGGCAAGGGAGUUGCCUACGAUGUCCCCAACGCGGUGUUUCUGGAACAAAAGAAGAUGCUCAAAACUGGUCUGAACAUUGCCCAGUUCAAACGGCAUGUGUCUCUCAUUGAAGAAGAAACGAAAGAGUAUUUUAAAGCAUGGGGAGAGAGUGGAGAAAAGAACCUGUUUGAGGCCCUUUCAGAGCUUAUCAUUUUGACCGCGAGCCACUGCCUGCAUGGGAAGGAGAUCAGGGGUUUGCUGAACGAGAAGGUGGCCCAGCUCUAUGCCGACCUGGACGGGGGCUUCACUCAUGCUGCGUGGCUCUUGCCGGGCUGGCUGCCCCUGCCUAGCUUCAGACGCCGCGAUCGAGCGCACAGGGAAAUCAAGAAUAUCUUCUAUAARGUCAUCCAGAAACGUCGGAGCUCAGAGGAAAAAGAGGAUGACAUCCUCCAAACUCUCCUCGAUGCUUCUUACAAGGACGGCCGGGCGCUCUCGGACGCCGAGGUGGCGGGCAUGCUCAUCGGGCUGCUGCUCGCCGGGCAGCACACGUCCUCCACCACGAGCGCCUGGCUCGGCUUCUUCCUGGCGCGCGACAGGGCCACGCAGGAGCGCUGCUUCGCCGAGCAGAGGGCCGUGUGCGGGGAGCACCUGCCGCCCCUCUCCUACGACCAGCUGAAGGAUCUCAGCUUGCUGGAUCGCUGUUUGAAAGAAACUCUAAGGCUGAGACCUCCUAUCAUGACGAUGAUGAGACUGGCCAAAACCCCGCAGACUGUUGCUGGCUAUAACAUCCCCCCGGGCCACCAGGUCUGCGUGUCCCCCACCGUGAACCACAGGCUGAGGGACACCUGGAGAGACGCCCUCGACUUCCAGCCCGACCGGUACCUCCAGGACAACCCGGCAGCUGCCGAGAAAUUCGCCUACGUGCCCUUCGGCGCCGGCCGCCACCGCUGCAUCGGGGAGCAGUUUGCCUACGUUCAGAUCAAGACCAUUUGGUCGACUUUGCUUCGUUUGUAUGAAUUUGAGCUCAUCAAUGACUAUUUUCCAACUAUAAAUUACACAACAAUGAUACAUACCCCAAAUAACCCAGUGAUCAGAUACAAGAGGAGGGUGCUUUAAGUUCCAGCACGAAAACCUCAUCUAUUUAAGUUGUGUCAACUAACAGACUUUGGAAGAAAACUGUGACAAAAAUGAACUGUUCCAUCUAAUGAAUAUGAAAGCAACAAUACUYGACUACUAUAAGCGUAUUUAAUUUGUUUUUCCAUGCUUUAUUAAUGCUGCUGUAUGUAAUUGCUUGUUUUACAACUUUGUUGCUUUUCUUAAAAAAGAAAACUGACUUUUCUAUUUGUGGAACAUUUUUAAAGUGCAUGCCCUCCCUUUCCUUAAAGGUGAGGAAACAAUUCCUACAACCUGGAAUCUCUGUUUCUGCAAAAGAGUAAAAACUUUUCCCCCGGUAAGGAGAGAGGCCUCUGUGUCCCUUGCAGCAAGUGCCGGGUGCCCAGAGCCCUGCGCGCGCUGCCAAAAUACCGGAUUGGUCUGAGAAUUAAGUGACUUUCC